AUGGACGAUGCAACCUCUCGGAAGCGGCCACGGCCUGUCGUCUCCUGUUUGAGGUGUCGCGACAAGAAGCUAAAGUGCGACCGUACCGCCCCCUGCGAGAACUGUGUCAAGGCGUCCACAGCGAAUACUUGCACAUACAAUCGAAAUGGCAUAUCGCCCGCCAAACAGGAUAACUCGACCCCGACUUCCAACGGGCAUCUCUCAACGAAUUCGCUUGAGGAUCUUCAGCUCAGGAUGGCAAAGAUGGAGGAGUUACUAGGCGUCGCUCGUACUCAUCAGGUCUCAGCCCGUAGCGAAAGGCAAAUGCCUGCCACGCCGCUUCCGCUCCUUGGAACUGUGGUCGUCAAAGGGAAUCGUUCAGUGUAUCAUGGACAAAAUGAUAGAGUCACACUCCUGAACCAAUUCCUUGAUGUCAAGGAUUUUAUCAAUGACAUGUCCAAUGAUGCUCAGCUCCAGGCUUCUGCAAAACAGGUGAAAUUUUUGCAAGACAAGUCUCAUACCAAGAUCGCUUCACCAGACAGCGUCAAUGAUUCCGACUUUUCGCUGGCUCUACUCAAGCUUCGCGAAUUUCUUCCCCCUAAAGCCUAUUGUGACAGACUUGUUUCCAUCUACUUUCGAUACUUCGAGCGCACUAUGAGAGUGCUUCACAUUACGACCUUUAUGCGCCAAUAUGAUCAGAUUUGGUUGGACAAUAAUCCUGAAAUUUGCAGUUCGUCCAGCAUCAUACCACAGCUGACCGCUGUAAUGACCAUGGCAUACCACAUGGACGAUGCAGUUCCCGAAAACGAAGAACUAACCCACAGGACUUAUCUGAAAGGAGCUUCUAUCGACCUCAUCCAGGCUUGGCUUGAUGAGCUGGGUCGGAAACAAAGAACCGAGCUAUCCACCCUCCAAGUCGAUGUACUUCUACUCCUUUCUAAGAGUCUUCGUCAUCUGUACCCCGAGAAACUCUGGAGCUCCACUGGCGCUCUUGUGCGCUCCGCCAUGGUGAUGGGUCUGCAUACAGACCCGACAGGUGUUCCCGGCAUCAACGCCUACCAGGUUGAGAUGCGACGGAGGCUAUGGGCAACGAUCCUUGAAAUGGACCUGCAGGCUUCAAUGACUGCUGGAAUGCCUCUUGUGGGUCCCAAACUCGAUUCAUGUAACCUUGUGCCGGCAAACCUCAAUGAUUCAGACUUUGAUGAACUCUCUACAAAGCUGCCUACAUCACGGCCACUGAGUACUCAAACCGACAAUCUUUACCAAGUAUGCCUUGCUACCUCUCUUCCACAACGGCUUCAGGCUCUGGCACUCGUACAACGCUCUGCUCCAAACGUGGAAGAGGCUAUCGAGCUAGGGCGAAAAGUCGAAGAGUGCUUGUCUCGCAAGCCCUUGGUAUUGUGCCUCCAUAACAACAGUACAGCGCCCACAGAUGGUGGAUCGCUGCUCCAUCGCGUCCUGCUGGAUCUCUAUCUACGAAGACCUCUCCUUUGUCUGUACAAGCCACUACUCCUGGGAGAACAGCAGGACCAGACAAUAUAUACAGAGACCCAGAGGCACUGUCUUGAGUCGUCACUAGUCAUUAUCUCCUAUCAAGACCUUUACACCCCUCAGGCACUCCGCGCGGUCACUGGCAACCCCUUACCACAACAAGACUUCUUUUAUCGCUGUUGCAAAUCCGACAUGCUGUGGGCAGCUCUCACAAUAUGUCAGCACAUCAAAUUACUCCGCCAGGCUACAGCUGCAGACCAGGCUCUAGAUAGACAAGUUGGGCACAACGAUACCUCUCUUGCCAGAACCGUCGAAAAUACGAUCCACUGCCUAAUCGAUAGAAUAGGGCGGAAAAGUAGCGACCUGAAAGAUAUUGUUUUUCUAGGGCUGGCGCUCCAGUCAGUGCAGCUAUCGGGGUCGUCUUCGAGAUCACACGCUUUGCAAAACAGUGCUAAGAGAACUUUGGCUGCAUGUCGCGAGCGAUUAUUACAGCCUAUGGUAAUCCAAGACCAAUCGCAAUCGGCACCGCCUACUAAACGCCAGAAGACAUCGACCACAUUAAUGCCAAAUACCAUUACCCCGCCACUAUCCAAUCCUACGCUCACGCCGACCUCUAUAUCGGAUCUCCAAUUCCCCAUUGACCUCCCAGAGAAUGCUGAACAAUGGUUUGGGGAUCUGCCAGAUCUAGCUGCCGAGUUCACAAAUUUCCAGGCCGACAUGUACAAUCCCAACGAUGCUUUGAAUUUUGGAAUGACUCAGGACUGGAACUGGGAACAUAUGUGGCAAUAG